UGAGAAAAAGUACUAACAGAUUGAAACCGUCCACGUGUCAGUAGAAGCAGUAGGUGGAUAAAACUGGAAUCAUAACAGUUGGUGACGCGAUCAAAAGCUUAACUCUCAGAAUUUAAGUACUGUUUAUUGAGAAUUGCAGAGAAACUACAUUGACUCUCUCUCUCUCUCUGUCGUUGAUUUUGAUUUCCUCUCAAAAGAAUCCCCAAAAUCUAGGGUUUUGUUUUUGUUCUUCUCGGUUAACCGGAAGAACACAGAAUAAGAAAUUGACUAUCAUUUGAGGGUAUUGGGAGGAAUGCAGUCAAAGUCUGAAGGUGGAAAUCGAUCAGAACCUGAUUCGCGUGGUGUUCCUCCAACUGCAGUUUAUUGUAAACCUUGGGGACGUAAUAUUGGUUAUGGUGCCAUUUCCCUAGGAGUGAGAGGAGGAAAUGCAUCAAAUUCAUCUUCAAUGGAAUGCCCUAAUGGUUUGGAGAAUGGCCAGUCACUGUCCAAUGAUGAACUAAAUGAAGAGGAUGAUGGUAAUAAAGAAACACAAGCUACCGCAUCCUCUCGGUCAGUUGGAAAUGGUGGACAAGAACAUCACAGUUUGCAGCUUGUUGCAUCUAGCAUGUCUGCUAUGCGUGACGAAUGCCUCACACAGCCUCCUCAGCUUGAGCUCGUUGGUCAUUCAAUCGCAUGUGUGUCAAAUCCUUAUCAAGAUCCAUUUUAUGGAAGAAUGAUGGCAGCUUAUGGGCAUCAGCCUUUGAAUUAUCCUUCAUUUGUUGGAAUGCCUCAUCCAAGAAUGGCUUUGCCCAUUGAGAUGGAACAAGAACCAGUUUAUGUGAAUGCCAAGCAGUACCAGGGGAUUCUGAGGCGAAGGCAGGCCCGUGCCAAAGCAGAACUUAAGAAGGUUGUAAAAGCCCGAAAGCCAUAUCUUCAUGAAUCAAGGCACCAGCAUGCUAUGCGUAGGGCAAGAGGUAGUGGAGGACGUUUUGCAAAGAAAACAGAUGCUGAUACUACAAAACCCAUGGCAGAAGAAAAAGGAACGGGUUCAGGUCCUGCCCUAUCAUCUCAGUCUGCGAGUUCAUCAGGUUCUGAACCAUUGCCAUCUGAUUCUGCUGAAACCAGAAACUCCUCUCUCACUCAGCAAGAAGCAAGAGGGUCCCGUGUGCAUAACAGGCCUCAAGUCAAUGGCAGCAGUCAAUUUCAGAAACGAGGUGAUAGCAUCUCCUCUAACCAGGCUUCACAUAGGCCUCUUGCUAUCCAGUGAAUGUAGGACGCCCUCUCAAAAGCUGAAGCGUUUACUCCGAACUGUUGUCCGUGAUUACAUCUUGGCAACUAUUGUCAAGGCGGCAAAUCAUUCUUGGCUUUCCUCUUGUGCCUAGUUUGUGAAUGGAAGGGGAGAAGGGACUGCAUGGGACUCUUGACAUCGUUUUUGUCUUGUCGCUGCUUCAUCAUUUUUCCCAAGUUGCAUUUUUGUACAGAUGCUGUUAAAUAAACCCAAUGGUAGUUGUAGUUUGUGGGAAAGAUUCCAUGACAAGUAGAUUGUACUUGGGUUUUCCUUUUGUCGUUCGUAGUUGAGACGAUUCCUUUUACAAAUCUGUACCUAAUGCACUUUAUAGAUUUGAUGUAACUAGUGUGCAUUUUCGAACGUUAAAAUGUAUGCUUUCCAAUGGCCUAGUAGUAAAAACAUGGAAAUAUGAAAAUAUAGCACUCUUAGAUUAUGUCAAAUAAUGGUGUUGCUCGAUGCAGAUUAUUUUCCCUGGAUAAUUGUAGACAUAACGCACAGAUAACUAUAUAAACAAAUCCAAAGAUCAACUCAGAU